AUGUUGUUCUUUUAUGUAGAAUGUGAAACAUCUCUUGGUAAAUGUUCUGUAGGAAACCAGCCACUCAUUAAGCACAAGCAGUACCAUUCAGAAGAUUUGGUCAUUGCUGGAAUUUCUUCUCAAAUUUAUAUGAUCUCUCAAAAAGUAACAUUCACAACAAAUCCAUCAAAUGAACUGGUUGAUGAUUUCCUGUUUUAUAUGCAAAACUACCAGCACAUCUUGGCUUUGGAACUUGCAAUCAAAGAAAUCAAUGGAAAUGCCUGGAUCUUGCCUAAUAUCACCCUGGGUAUCCAUAUCUCCAAUAGCUAUAUCCUGGCAAGAUGGAUCUAUCUUGCUUCCAUGGAGCUUCUCUCUACCAAGGGAAGGUUCAUCCCGAACUACAAGUGUGAUCUCAAGGACAAUGUAAUAUCUGUGAUUGCAGGACAUAAUGCUUACAUUGGCCAGUUCAUGUCAAAUAUUCUGAGCAUUUACAAGAUCCCACAGCUCAUAUAUGGUUCAGCUGCAGAGCUGGAUGACAACAUAGAAGCUCCCUUCUUCCAUCAGUUAUUUCCAAAUGAAGACCUUCAAAUUAUGGGGAUCAUCCAAUUGUUGCUUCACUUCCAGUGGAAAUGGAUUGGGCUCAUUGUCCAAAACCCUGAAAGAGGAAAGCGGUUUAUACAGAAUAGGCUUGAUAUAUUUUCCCAGAAAGGAAUCUGUUUUGACUUCAUGGAAGAAAUGCCAAAAGAAUCUGUUGCCAAUGACAUUGAGGUUCAACUUAAUGGCUAUGUUACACUGUGCAAGGUUAUUAUGAAAAGUACUGCCAAUGUUGUGAUCAUAUAUUGUAAAAAUGAAGACAUGCCCUUUUUUGGAAUGUUACCAUAUAUUUCCGAAUAUGAGGACAUGCCAAUGAAGAGAAAAGAUAAAGUUUGGAUAAUGCCAGCACAGAUGGAGUUCACAUCACUAUCCUUUCAACGAAAUAGGCGUCUGGACUUCAUCCAUGGGGCACUAUCGUUGGCAGUUUCCUCAAAGGAGAUAUUAGGGUUUAGGAAAUUUAUUCAGAUGAGAAAGCCGACUUCUGAAGAAGAAGACAGUUUGACAAGACUGUUUUGGGAACAUGCAUUUGAAUGUUCUUUCGCAAAUGCUAUGUUAGAUGAGGACCGUGGCAAGGAAUGCACUGGCGAGGAGGCACUGGAGACCCUUCCUGAAUCCGUGCUUGAAACUAGUUUAACUGGGCAAAGUUACAGUGUCUACAAUGCCAUCUAUGCACUGGCCCAUGCUCUGCAAGCCAUGCUUUCAUCCAAAGCCAAACGCAGAAAAAGAGGAAAUGCUUGGGAUCUCAGAACCCUAAAUCAAGAGUUGUGGCAGUUUCAUAGGUGUCUGAGAACUGUUUCAUUCAACAACAGUGCUGGAGAAAUGGUUUCCUUUGAUGAAAGAGGAGAACUAGCAACUGGAUUUGAUAUUAUCAACUGGGUCACAUUCCCCAACCAGUCGUAUCAUCGAAUCAAAGUUGGAAACAUCGCUCCAAUGGCUCCCCCAGACAAGCUUCUUACUAUUUCUGCAGAGGAAAUAAUCUGGCCCACCAUGUUUAACCAGGUACCUGUUUCUGUGUGCAAUGCUCAUUGCUUAUCAGGUUAUAGCAGAAUAAAAAGAGAAGGAAAGCCAUUUUGCUGCUAUGAUUGCCUUCCAUGUCCAGAAGGGAAGAUUUCAAACAAGACAGAUGCAGAUGACUGCUUCCCAUGUUCAGAAGAUCAGUUCCCAAACAAAGCUCACAAUAUUUGCCUUCCAAAAUGGAUCACUUUUUUGUCUUAUGAAGAAUCUCUGGGAAUCAGCCUGACAACUAUAGCUUUCUUCUUUUCUCUCAUCUCAGCUGUGGUGCUGGGGAUCUUCAUUAAAGAGCAGGACACUCCCAUUGUCAAAGCCAACAACCGGAACCUCACCUACAUUCUCCUCACUGCUCUCCUCCUCUCCUUCCUUUGCACUUUGCUCUUCAUUGGCCAACCUGACCAAGUGAAAUGCCUCUUGCGACAAACUGCUUUUGGCAUCAUCUUCUCUGUAGCCCUUUCCUGUAUAUUGGGGAAAACAACCAUUGUGGUUCUUGCUUUCAUGGCCACCAAGCCAGGCUCCAAAAUGAGGAAAUGGGUGGGCAAAAGGCUGGCUAACGCUAUUGUCCUUUCUUGCUCCCUGAUGCAACUCAUAAUCUGUAUGGUGUGGUUGGCAAUUUCUCCCCCAUUCCCAGAUUCAGAUAAACAUUCAAUGGUAGAAGAAAUUGUCCUGCAGUGUAAUGAAGGUUCAACCACUAUGUUUUAUUUAGUCCUUGGCUUUAUGGGAUUGUUGGCUGCUAUUAGCUUUACACUGGCUUUCCUUGCUAGGAAUUUACCUGACAGCUUCAACGAAGCCAAAUUUAUCACCUUCAGCAUGUUGGUCUUUUGUAGUGUCUGGGUAUCAUUUGUUCCCACCUAUCUGAGCACCAAGGGGAAGUAUGUGGUGGCUGUGGAGAUUUUCUCCAUUUUGGCUUCUGCAGCAGGAUUACUGGGCUGCAUCUUUUCCCCCAAAUGCUGCAUUAUUGUUCUGAGGCCUGAGAAGAGGAGAAAGUUGGAAAUAACUCACAGAGAUCAUAGCAGUUCUCAGAGAACUGAGAAAAAUGGAAAGAAGAUAUGGAUCUUGAUUCAGAACUACCAACACAUCUUAGCUUUCCUGUUUGCCAUAAAAGAAAUCAAUGAAAAUUCCCAGCUCUUACCCAACAUCACUCUGGGCUUCCAUAUUUAUAACAGCUAUUUCCUUGCCAGUUGGACCUAUAUGGCCACUUUACAGCUUCUCUCUGCACCAGGGAGAUUUGUUGCUAAUUACAAGUGUGAUGUCAAGAAAAAUCCAAUAGCAGUCAUUGGUGGACCGAACACUGAUGUCUCUCUCUUUAUGGCAAACAUUUUGAGCAUCUACAAGUUCCCACAGCUCGUAUAUGGCUCAGCUCCAGAGAUAAAUCAGAGAAACUCACACACUUUCUUCCAUAAAAUGUUUCCUAAUCCAAAUCUACAAUAUAUGGGGAUUAUCCAUUUGCUGCUGUUUUUUGGGUGGAAAUGGAUUGGGGUGAUUUUUUUGGCAGAUGAUAAUGGAGAGAGUUUUGCACAGAAUGUCCUUCCAAUGUUUUAUGACAGUGGUGUCUGCUUUGAUUUUGAAGAACACUUUCCAAGAACAACUUUUUCCAGUGACAUUGCAAAUACUGUUGACGAGUGGCUGGGAAUGUUCAAGGUCCUCAUGAAAAGUACAGCCACAGUUGUGAUCAUUCAUGGAGAAAUUCAGACUAUGAUAUUUUUGAGAUUAUUGCUUCAUGUUCCAGAGUAUGAGCAUGUAGCAAUGGAAACACAAGCAAAAGUCUGGAUCUUGACAGCUCAAAUGGAGUUCACAUCUCUCCCUUUUCAAAGAAGCUGGGACAUAAACUUCAUCCAUGGCGCUAUAUCUUUUGCAGUCCACUCCAAGGAGGUGUCAGGAUUCCAGAAAUUCCUUCAGAAUGAAAAGCUGGUUUCAGAAAAAGAAGAUGGGUUUAUCAAGGAGGUCUGGCAACAGGCAUUUGAAUGCUCUUUCCAUAACUCCAUUGUGGAUGAAGAGAGAAAGAAACCCUGCACUGGAGAGGAAAAGUUAGAGACUCUUCCUAGGUCAGUGUUUGAAAUUAACAUUUCUGCCCUCAGCUACUCUAUCUACAAUAGUGUGCAUGCGGUGGCUCAUGCUUUAGCGUCUGCCCAUUCAACCCAUUUGAGGGACAGAAGGGGACAGAAUAGUGGGAAAUGGAAGCCUUUGAAACUAUCAUCAUGGCAGCUCCAUGACUACCUGAGAAGUGUCUCAUUUAACAACAGUGCUGGAGAACAGAUUUCAUUUGACCAAAAUAUGGAAUUAGAAGCUGGAUUUGACAUCAUCAAUUGGGUCACCUUCCCAAAUCAAUCCUUUGUUAGAGUCAAAAUUGGAGGAAUUCAGCCACAGUUGCCUGCAGCCAAAGCGUUCACUAUUAAUGAAGAGACCAUUGUUUGGCCCAGGGAGUUUAACCAGGUAUUGCCAAUUGACAUCAAAUACAGUGUGCUUUUUUCCAUUUUAGAAUGUUUCAAAGUCAACAGCACACAUGAAUAA